AAUACGGACGUGUUGAAGACAUUUUAGGAAUUGUGUACUUGGAUUUUAAAGAUACAAAACAAUACAGUGAAAACGCAUUGUCAGCACAAGGAAGGAUGUCUUAUGAUUUUGGCAAAAACAAGCAAGAGCACCCUGAUCCUGUAAAAGCAGAGGUAAAAGGCUCGCUUCCGGAAUGGCUUCAAGGUACUCUUGUUCGAAAUGGUCCUGGUAUCUUCUCAGUUGGAGAAACUUCCUACAACCAUUGGUUUGAUGGAAUGGCACUUCUGUACAACUUCACAAUUAAACAAGGAGAGGUUAUUUUCAGAAGCAAAUAUCUCAGAAGUGACACAUACAACAGUAACAUGAAAGCCAACAGAAUAGUUGUGUCAGAGAUGGGGACCAUGGCCUAUCCACACCCAUCCAAAAAUGUCUUUACCAAAGUCAUCACCUUUGUUAAUCACACUAUUCCAGACUUUACAGACAACUGUCUUGGUAACAUAAUUAAAUAUGGAAAUGACUAUUAUGCUACAUCUGAGACCAAUUAUAUUCGCAAGAUUGACCCAUUGACCCUGGAGACUCAAGACAAGGUUGACUACAAAAAAUAUAUUGGUGUGAGCCUCGUCAUAUCUCACCCACACUAUGAUAAAGAAGGCAACACUUACAACAUGGGAACAUCGAUUGCUGAUAAAGGCAAAUCAAAAUAUGUCCUGUUCAAGGUUCCUCCAGUUAAACAAACAGGCCCUGAGUGGUCCCCUGCUUUGACAAUUGUUGAGAUUAUGUGCACAGUUCCCUGCCGUUCCCUCCUCACCCCAAGCUACUACCACAGCUUUGGCAUGACUGAGAACUACUUCAUCUUUAUUGAGCAGCCCUUAAAGCUGGACAUUUUAAAAAUGGCCACCGCAUACCUUAGAGGGGUCAGCUGGUCCACCUGUCUAAAAUUUCAGCCAGAGGAUCAAGUAGUAAUUCACCUCAUUGAUCGAAACACAAGAAAAGAAGUUAGCCUCAAAUACCACACAGGCGCAAUGGUGGUAUAUCAUCAUGUCAAUGCUUUCGAGGAAGAUGGGCAUGUGAUCUGUGAUGUGAUCGCCUAUGAUGACUACAGGCUGUAUGAGAUGUUCUAUUUGGAUAAACUGAAAGAGCAAUCUGCAUCAGCCACAAACCAUGUUCAAACCGAAGCUAGGUACAAGAGGUUUGUGCUGCCGCUUACUGACAAGGAUGCAGAGGUAGGAGAAAACUUGGUUACACUAAAAUACACAACAGCGACCUCUCUGAAAGAAAAAGAUGGGAAAAUACUUUGCCAACCUGAAACACUUACUCAAGGCACGGAAGUUCCCAGAAUCAAUUACAACUACAAUGGGCAGAAGCACAGAUAUGUGUACAUGAAUGUUGCAAAAUCUGCAUUAGCUACAAAGGUCAUUAAGCUGGAUGUUGAGACAAAGCAGCGGGUGGAAUGGAGCUCAGAAAACUGCACGCCCACAGAGCCCGUUUUUGUUCCACGGCCCGGCGCAACUGAAGAGGAUGAUGGUGUAGUCCUAACUUCAGUCAUAAACAGCAAUGCUGACGAGUCGGACUUUCUUCUCGUUCUCGAUGGAAAGUCAUUUACAGAACUGGCACGUGCUCUACAACCUCUGUGGUGCAGGCUAACAUUAAGAUCUUUUUCCACCAAAACGGAUGGAGAGAUCCAUAUUGCUAAAACACUGAAGGAGAAGUUUCCUCUCGCCUCAGCACUAAAGGUUGUGGAUAUUUCAGGUGGAUGUGGUGCAAUGUAUGAAAUUCACAUUGAAUCAGAAGAAUUUAAAGGCAGAAGAACAGUGCAGCAACACCAGUUAGUAAAUCAGGCCCUUAAGGAGGAGAUUAAAGGGAUGCAUGGACUACGCAUUUUCACAAACGUUCCAAAACAAUAGAGUCCACCUUUAGUCACUACAUCCCCACCAAACUCAGUUUUAUGUCAGCUGUGUAACAGAUUAUUGUAUCUCUGUAUAUUAUUAUAUAUUUGAAGGUGUAGUGUGUAACUUUGGUUAAAGAAAAGUAGCAUAAUUAUGUUAAAAUACUCCUGUACUCUUAUCUCUAAAGUAAUUUACUGCUGUGUGUCUUGAAAGUCUAAAAUGCUUGUAUCAGUUCUGUUUUCAGACUCCGUCAUUACUGACUGAUAUCAUGAAUGAGCUACUGUGUUAAUGUGUAUUCACCUGCCACCCUCAGUCAUGAGUCUUAUUAUUUUGUGGCAACAGUUUGGGGAAGAUCCCUUUCUUUAUCAGCUUUCCUGUGUCCAUGUGCAUUGGUGUGUGUGUGAUGUGAAGAAAAUCCGCUGGCCAGUACUGAAUUCUGACUUUAACUCUAUUAAACACCAACUGUUUUGCAA